AUACUGACCAGACAUACUGAUCAGACAUACUGAUCAGACAUACUGAUCAGGCAUACUGACCAAACUAAAGUUCUACAAAAUAUAAAAAUGAAUUUGGUUAAACUCUCCGUUUUAAUUAUUUUUUCGUGUCUAUGUCCAACAGAAAUAUAUUCUAAGGACACUGCGUUUGAUAAAUAUAAAAAAGGAAAGAUGAUUGUACCCCAAUCGGAAUAUAGUUGUAUCCUGCCCAUGGUGAAUGAUAAUAAGGAGAGAAUGCCUGUUCCCUUCAAGAUUUUUGGAACGCAAACUGUGAUGCAGUAUCCAAACAUGAACGAUUUAUUGAUAAUGGAGAAAGGUGACACCCUUAGACUAUUGUGCGCGAAAUCUCGAUUCUUGCAUUUCCAUCUAAAGUAUUUCGACGAAGUGGAGGUCCGCUGCAUGGGAAACAACAAUCUGGAACUCGAUGGUCUUUAUUACUUUUUUGAUGAGUUCGAGUGCCAAUCGAUGCCCAAAUCGGAUGUGUUUACUACUAAUCAAACGUGUCAUUCGAACAAACAUUUCAUGAACAUUGUCGGUUUUGCCUCCCAUUACGGAGUUAUCCCGGUUUAUGCAUUUUGCUAUAACCCCGUUAACAAGGACACUGCUUACACGUGGUACUAUGUUAAAGUACCGUACAAGAAUUCGAACCAAGAAUUCAACAUAACAAAUCUGCCGUUCAUCAAUCCCGAAAAUUUUUACAACAAAAUAUCCGUGGAUUUAUUGUACACCGUCGAAUAUCAAAAUUACACCUUCAGUGAGUUACUCAAAACGAAGGAAUUAGCAGAAAAGUACAUAAGACCCGAAAACGGUAGCUAUCUGAUCCCAGGUCAAUUAGCUUCCCCAAGGGAUUUUUUCUACAUUUUCGAACAGGUUGCAACGUUUUACUUCAUGAACACGGCACCCCGAUGGAAAAAGUUCAACGACGACCAUUGGACCGUUCUGGAGGAAUCAGUGCGGUAUUGGAUGAGUGAGAACGAUCACCGGUACAUGAUCGUGUCCGGCACGUACGGCUGGCUCUCGCUGACCACCGCGAACGCGGACCGGCGCCGUAUAUUCAUGGACGAAUCGGAACAGAUACCGGUGCCGGAGGUCUUCUGGAAACUGAUGUACGACAUCGAUCGAAUGGAUGGAAUAGUGUUCAUGGGCACGAACAGCCCGCACGAGGAAGAAGAAUCAAAGAAUUCGUUCUUGUGCGAGAACAUAUGCAAGAACCGUCGCGGGAACAAUAAUAUGUCACCCGAGUUGUUCUAUGCCCCGGAUUCGAUCUAUUGCUGCGAUUUGAGUGGGUUCCAGUUGAUGUACGGUGAAUUGCAGCCAGUCAAGGUUGUGAAAUACUUAAGGGAACAAAUAGAAGCGAGGCAAAAGGUGGAGAAAACGCCGGUUAUCAUAACGAAAUCCACCAAUUUACUGAAGGAAAAGAAACACACCGAGUCGCUAAGGAUAGAGGAUUACCUCUAUUCGUCGGAGGAAAAAAAACACACCAAGUCGCCGGAGGAAAAAAAACACACCAAGUCGCCGGAGGAAGGCGAAUCGACGGAGGGUUGUACGAAUUUGAAUAUUUAUUGAAUAUUCGAUCGUUCGUCUUGAAUAAGUGGAAAACGAUACUAGAUCGUGCUCCGUCGUCCGUGAACAAACGGACCCCACGCGCCCGACACGUCGUGCAUAGUUACUCAUUUGUUUAAUAUACUCGGUUUAUAGCUGCCGGUACAAUACAUACUAAAUUAUUCAUCAUC